AUGGGCUACGCUCCGCCUCGCUCUCCCGACACGCAGCCAGUCGGCGUCAAGAAGAGACGCUCGCCGAAGCCCGGCCCGAGCCACAUCAUUGACCUGCGGCCGGCGCUCGAGGCAGUGCACGUCAGCAGCGCGCGGUGCGCCCUUGCAUAUCUGCCGUGGGAGUUGGGCGUUCGACCCUCCACUCCAGAGAAGGAGCAGAGGCCACCGGACGCCGGGCUAAACCUGCGCAGCGAGAAGGAUCAGAGGUCCGGGCCACCGGACGCUGGGCUAAACCUGCGCAGCGAGAAGUCGCACGCUGGCGAGCGCGAUGCCGGGCCGCAAAAGCUGCGUGUCUCGCGCAUUUGUGUCGAGGACAUUGUGUCUGCCCAGAUUGACGCGUGCGAUCCGCUGAAGACCCUCCCCGCGGCCGACUUCUGCCACGUGCUCUCCGAGGUGACGGACAUAGUGGUGCGGGUCAUGACCAAAGGCGAGCGCGCGGUGCGUGCCAGACCCCGUAGAUGCUGA